AUGAACGAGCUGGUGAAGAGUUUGCCCUCCCCGACUCUCCCCGGGCUGCACCUCCCGUGUCUGGACACCUACAAGGGCUGGCUCUUUAAAUGGACCAACUACCUGAAGGGCUACCAGCGGCGGUGGUUCGUGCUCAGUAACGGCCUGCUGUCCUACUACAGGACUCAUGCAGAGAUGGCACACACAUGCAGGGGCACCAUUCCCCUGGCAACAGCCCACAUCGAGGUGGGCGACACCUGCCACUUGGUGUUGACCAGCGGGGGUCGAAGCUACCACCUGAAGGCCACCUCAGAGGGAGAGUGUCAGAGAUGGGUGUCAGCCCUGCAGCAGGCCAAGGCCAACGCCACGCUCCUGAUGCAUCACUCAGAUGACUCAGGAGAUGAAGCCCCGGUACCUCAGGAGGACCGUGCCCUAACCCAAGGGGUGCUCAAGACUCUGGCCAGCAAGCUGGACGACCUGAGCACCUGUAAUGAGCUGAUAGGAAAGCACGGUGCCGCCCUCCAGCGCUCCCUCAGCGAACUCGAGGAUCUGCGCGGAUCCACUGACAGCACAGACAAAGUGAAAGCUGUUAAUGAGCGAGCCACCCUCUUCCGCAUCACCUCCAAUGCUAUGAUCAAUGCUUGUCGUGACUUUCUGGAUGUGGCAGAAUCUCACAGUCGGAGGUGGCAAAAGGCCCUGCAGCAUGAGAGAGAACAGCGUCACCAUCUGGAGGAGACCAUCGAACAGUUAGCCAAACAGCACAACAGCUUAGAGAGAGCCUGGAGGGAGAAUCCCACCUCAUACACAGGUGUGGAGCGUUCUCAGGAGGGGGAUGCAAGCGAUGAGAAUGACGAGGCAGAGUUCUUCGAUGCCAUGGAGGACUCCCCUGCAUUCAUAACUGUGACUACUGGCGACAUAAAGCACAAGCGCUCAGGGAGUAAUCAGAGUAUGAUGAGCGGAGGAGUGCCCAAUGACUGGACUCACAAUGAGAAUGACACUUCAAGCACAAACCACAUGCAGCUACGAAGAACAAGACGCAGUCGUAUUCCUGACAAACCAAAUUACUCUCUAAACCUGUGGAGCAUCAUGAAGAACUGCAUCGGCAAAGACCUGUCCAAGAUACCCAUGCCUGUAAACUUCAACGAGCCGCUGUCGAUGCUGCAGCGUCUGACUGAGGAUCUGGAGUACAGCGAGCUCCUGGACCGGGCCGCUCGCUGCGACUCGUCCGUGGAGCAGAUGUGUCUGGUGGCUGCCUUUUCUGUCUCCUCUUACUCCACCACGGUCCAUCGUACAGCCAAACCCUUCAACCCUCUGCUGGGGGAGACUUACGAGCUGGACCGACUGGAUGAGUAUGGUUAUCGCUCGAUUUCUGAGCAGGUCAGUCAUCAUCCACCAGCUGCUGCCCACCAUGUGACAUCACAGCGAGGAUGGACCCUGUGGCAGCAUAUCACUAUUGACAGCAAGUUUCGUGGGAAAUAUAUUUCUGUCGUGCCGUUAGGAAACAUUCACCUGCAGUUUCACUCGAGUGGAAACCACUACGUGUGGAGCAAAGUGACGUCGACGGUGCACAACAUUAUUGUUGGGAAGCUUUGGAUUGAUCAGUCUGGGGACAUCGACAUUGUAAACACCACCACCAAAGACACCUGCCGUCUCAAAUUCUCCCCCUACAGUUACUUCUCCAGAGAAGUCCCGCGUAAAGUGACAGGAGUGGUGGAGGACAGAGAGGGCACAGCCCAUUACAUCCUGUCAGGGACCUGGGACGACAAGAUGGAAAGUUCUAAAAUAGUGGACAGCAGCCAAGGCUGCGGAGGCUCUGAAGGCAAACAAAAGACUGUUUAUCAGACUUUGCAGCCCAAACUUUUGUGGAAGAAAUAUCCUCUCCCAGAUAAUGCAGAGAACAUGCACUUUUUCUCCUCGCUCGCUCUGACCUUGAACGAGCCAGAAGACGGUGUUGCGCCCACUGACAGUCGUCUGCGUCCGGACCAGCGGCUAAUGGAGGCAGGUCUGUGGGACGAAGCCAACGGCCAGAAGCAGCGCCUAGAGGAGCGGCAGAGAAUAGAGAGGAAGAGAAGGGAGGCACAAGCUAAUCAGGCCCUGGAGGAAGCAGGGCAAGACAUCGAGGGCUACCAGCCACUGUGGUUUGAGAAGAGGACGGACGACAGAACAGGAGAAAGUACCUACACCUACAGAGGCGGCUACUGGGAGGCCAAAGACAGACAGGACUGGAGCCAGUGUCCCGAGAUCUUCUAGGACAACAUUGAUCUCGCACUGUGGCGUCAGGCCGAGCGGUUUCUCGUGACGUGAGAGUUCUUCGGAUCUAUGGAUAGUUGUUUGUGUGAGCUUGGACGUGCAUGUGUGUGGGUGAGUGAGGCACCGAUUCAUUCCUAGAAUUUCAAGCACAAAAACCCCCCUGCUUUCACUUUCUAACUUACUUGUUUCCGCUCAGUGUUUCCAGAAUGCAUGGCCUCAGUUCAUGUGUACGCUUCACCACUGUAGAGAACCAGUUUAUGGGAGUAUAAUGUGUACAGUAUGUACAGAGUUCUUGUGUGCCUGCGUGUAUGUGUGUGUGUGACUGACCUGUGCUUGACAGAGAAAAAGGUUUCUUCACUGAAACACACUUCAUCGAGUGUGUACGGAAUAACUUGGGGGCAAGGAGUGCUGUGGAUGUUUUGGUGCGAGCACUGAAUGUCUUGUUUUCCUCAAAACUGGAACAAGUUGUUCCUUGUUGGGCUCUGGCAGAGACACCGGGCUUUCAGAAGCCUUUUUCUGUCCUAACAGGAUUUCUCUGCAGAACUUCAUUUAUUGAUCCCCCUCCUCCAACGAAUCUUGGGUAUUUUGUAUUCCUCUGUUUCUUAAAAUUGCACAAAUUGUAUCUUGAAGGAUUUAAAGUUAACGCCUGGCUGGGCUCUAAAGAACAGCUACCAAAGUAGAUGUCAAUCUCUUUGGAUGGACAACUGACUGGGAACGUCAAGCUGUUUUACAGGUCGCCGCUGCUUCUCCAACGAUCUUGGAAGUUAUGUUUCAUGUUGUUUUAAAGCUGCACUCCCCCUGUUUUACAUGUUUCAGUUAGUAAGAACAGAGAGCACUUCACACCCCAUGGAAAGCACUUAUAUCUGUCUGCACUGGCCCGGAGCUUUGUUGAGUUACUGAAGCAACAUCACUUGACUGAUUACAAAAAGGUUUACUGGGCUGAGUCUAACUAAGAAUGCCACUGGGUUGCAUUGUGGUAAAUGUAGGAUCCAGCAUUUUUUCGAGCUUGACUCACAUGACAGGAAUUAAACUAAAAUUCAGGACAUUGCUGCUUCUGCUACACGUGUUUAAACAAUUCUUUUUUAAAUUUGCCUCUGGCUGGUCCACCCGCUAACAACACUGACUCACAGUCUUUUAUAAAGUCUCCAGACUUUGUAGAAGUGCACUAGUUCUUGAAGUAUUUGAAGGAGAAGGGCCUUCAAAUAUCUUGACACUCAACCGUUAAGAGUUCCACUGAAGUAUAAACCUGCUCGGCUGGGAUUUUCCUCAGCAAAGGGAUUAUAUUGGUGCUUGAUGGUAAUUUUAGCCUUAAUUAUGUAAUAAAGUUGUAAGUCCCAAAUAACUACUACACUGAAAUGAAUUGUACAGAUUAUAGCAAUCUGGCAGGCUGUUUUUUUUUUCUUUUUCUUUUGAGGAGACUUACAUGUGGGUGAUUUUUAUUUAAUUUUUUUGUAAUGUCAGGGUUUAUCAGCUUUGGAAAGUAGCAACAAACUUGUCACUCCCUAUAUAAAACCGCUGAGCUUUUUUUUUGGGAUUCCCAUCUGAGAAAUCUGUGUGGCUUCAUUUGCAUAUGUCAGCAAUAACACAAGCUUCAUAGUCAGUUGAGGAAACAAAAAAAAAACACCUCCAUGGUCAGAGACAUGUUUUACGCAGCCCAAAUAUUAUGUUCCAGUAACUUAUUAGAUUAUGUGAAAAAUCUAAUUCAUACACAUCAGAGAAGACAGUUAAGGAAUGACUUCACAAUACAUUUCCUGAGGUUUUUGUGUGCAAAACAGGCACUGAUGUACAUUAGUAGUGAAUACAUACACUCUAUAAUCAAUGACUACCUGUUUAUUUAUAGCUUACUGUGUAUUAUAACAGGGCAUGACGCACAUGUUUGACUGCCUGACUGGUUUUGGCCUGUACAUAGCAAGAAUAUAGUAGAAAUAGAAGCACCUCAUGUAUAAUCACUGUAGGAGAAUAUUGUUUCACAUUACUUGAAUAUUCAUCUUCUGGUUAAUCUCUACUUGUAUAUACGUAGUCUUAAAUGGAGUGAAGAUUGUAUACCAGUAAAUGAGGAGAUUAAACUAUGAAUCCAAGUUUUAUUUACAAAUAUACUUAAUAUUAAUGAUGCAAAUAAGAUGUUCAAAUAAAGCACAAUGUUGUGUUCACCCGAUGCUACAUAACUCCAAGGUUUCCGUGACGACAUAUAGCUAUGCAUGGUUUCAGAGCGCUCAUGCAUUUCCGUAGUGAGAAGCCUCUUCACCUAGCUAACCGUUUGUGGAUUCUUACUGAAAACAUGAUGUGAAUUCACCUUUUGUGCCCAAUUACCUCAGAAAUUUGACAUUUUUGAGCUCAAAUAAAAAAACAUAAAGCUG